GAAGAAAGCUGCACAAGGUAAAGUAUCCGGACCGCAAAGCUAUUGACUGGUGCCCUGUACUCUUGGGUCUGGCUAGCCCCAGUGAUAUACCUGCACAGAGCAGAAAAGUUCGGUCAGGGUGUAGAAGCCCACUAGUGUCCUGCAAGAACCCUUGAAGAGACCAGCUCUACGAACACUUUCGGCCGACUUUUCUCGAGUACGUUCAUAACCCUCGCUUUCUCCUACCGCGUACGUUCAGCGUCGCAUUUUGAUGACGUUCGUACACAAAAGAAAGGGUAUCGCGAGAUGUCAACUGCAAGAAGUUGCCCCGUGAUGCUUUGCGGCCUUCUUUUUGCUGGCGGCGCCUCCGGAGUAGGAUGGGUAUCUCCAGGGACAACUGGCACAAGCGCCGCAAGACCGGGGGAAAGAGGAAACCCUACCAUAAGAAGAGGAAGUAUGAGUUGGGGCGACCCCCUGCCAAUACCAAAAUUGGCCCCAGGAGAAUUCACACAGUAAGGGUACGUGGUGGGAAUAAGAAAUACCGUGCUUUGCGCUUGGAUGUUGGAAACUUCUCUUGGGGGUCUGAAUGUUGUACCCGCAAAACUAGAAUCAUUGAUGUGGUGUACAAUGCAUCCAACAAUGAGCUGGUGCGUACAAAGACCCUGGUGAAAAACUGCAUUGUACUGAUUGAUAGCACACCAUACAGACAGUGGUAUGAAGCCCACUACGCCUUGCCCCUUGGGCGCAAAAAGGGAGCCAAACUGACUCCUGAGGAGGAAGAAAUCUUAAACAAGAAGCGGUCAAAGAAAAUUCAGAAGAAGUAUGAUGAGAGGAAAAAGAAUGCCAAGAUCAGUAGCCUUCUGGAGGAGCAAUUCCAGCAGGGGAAGUUACUUGCUUGCAUUGCCUCCAGACCUGGACAGUGUGGCCGAGCAGAUGGCUACAUUCUGGAAGGCAAAGAACUGGAAUUCUAUCUGAGGAAGAUCAAGGCCAGGAAAGGCAAAUGAACACUUGCUGUACCUAAAAAGGCUCAAUAAAUCAUGCCAGUUUCUUGUUAUAAA